AUGGCGAAGGCACGCCCGCGAAUCUCGGGGCUGUAUAUCUACCCAAUAAAGUCGUGCGGGGGUAUCGCAGUUGACUCAGCUGCAGUAACUGCGACAGGCCUGCAGUGGGACCGGCAAUGGAUGGUGGUGGGUGCUCCCCCCUCUUCCUCCGCUUCCUCCACCUCCUCCCAUUCCGCUUCCGCAUCCGCGUCCUCUCCCCCUCUGCGCUUCAUCACGCAGCGCCAGUGCGCGCGCAUGGCGCUCAUCCGCACCUCGCUUCCGCCUGAGGCGCUGCUUCCGCCACACACAUGGGCGCACACUCUGCCCCCUGACGCGUGCCUCUCCAUAACGGCCCCUGAUCACCCGCCCCUGCACGUCCCCCUCGCCCUCUCCUGGUACCACCAGGCGAGGGGGGCGGAGAGCACACGAGCAGAGGGGGGAGCAGCCAGCGGGGGAGGAACGGGGGGGGGAGGAGGCGGAGGGGGUGGAGGUGACGGGGGAGGAGAGUGGGAGAGUGGGGGGAGGGGGGUGGCGGUGACGGUGUGGGGGUGGACGGGGAGCGCGUUGGAUGCAGGGGAGGAUGCAGCGCACUGGUUCUCCUCCGUCAUGGGCAGACCCGUGCGCCUCGUUCGCUUCGACACCGCCCAUGUGGUGCGGGCUACCAACGCUGACUUUGCAGACGGCUUCCAGACGUCCUUUGCGGAUGGCUACCCCAUGCUGCUCCUCUCCCAGCCGUCGCUCUCAUCGCUCAACGCCCGCCUCUCCGAUUCUAUUCCCAUGAACCGAUUUCGACCCAACAUCGUGGUGGAGGGGUGUGAGCCCUUUGACGAGGACACGCGGCGCAGCUUCUCAGUAGCACGCAGCAGCAACGCAGCAGCCAAGGAGGAUGACCGUGGGUCUGGGUCUGGGUGUGAAAGCUCUGGUGCUGCCUCGGCUGGUGUGUUUCGCGGAGUGAAGCCGUGCUCGAGAUGCAAGAUCACUACAAUCGACCAGCUCACAGCUGAAUCCGGCAAGGAACCUCUUCAGACCCUCCUGAAGCCAUGGAAUCCGUGCGUCGCUGCUGCAUCACGCAGGUCGCACUCCUUUUGGGACGACGAUGACGACGUGCCAGCGCAUCGCACGGGCGCCUACGACGUCGAAUCCGCGCAUCUCGCAAGAUCCGCCGGACCUGACGGACGGUCAGGAUUAGCCGACAGCCGCGAUGGCGAGCUCGACUCCCUCAUGCCCGCAGCGGGCUCCCGCUCCGCGCACCUCGGCGCAGCACGCGCGGAAAACGGCUUGCGCGGGGACGACUAUCUGCACGGCGCGGGCGGGCGCGGUGGAGGCGCGGGUCAUGGCGGGAGAGAAGCGGAGAAGCGGCUGCGCGAGCGCGAGAUGGAGCGCGCGUACCGCGGAUGGCCGUCAUGCUGGCAGAUCUGGGGCGAAAUCCUAGACCAGAUGGAGCUCGGCGCGCCUCUCUCCGCCACAAAUCUGCUCAGCUUCGCGCGAUUCCUCUUCUCUCUCGCGUUCCUCGGCCGCCGCAGCACCCUGCAGCUCGCAGCCGCCGCCGUUGCAAUCACCUUCACUAACGUCACAGGAUUCUCGCUCCUCAUCGGCCUCGCCUCCGGGAUAGAGCCCCUAUGCGCGCAGGCGCACGGCGCGCAGCAGCCAAAAGCCAUGGGGUUGCUGCUGCGCCGCUCGUCCCUCCUCCUCACGCUCGCGUCGAUCCCCAUAGCGAUCAUCUGGUUCAACUCCCAGAAACUGCUCCUCGCAGCGGGACAAGACGCCCCGUUAGUCUCUGAAGCCACGACCUUUAUCCUCUGGCUUCUCCCCGACCUCUUUCUGUCCGCGCUAGUCAUCCCGCUGCGGAUUUUCCUUCGCGCGCAGGGUAUAGUUCGUCCUGUGCUGGUCGGCGCCGCGCUGUCGCUCGCAGUGCACGUGCUGGCGACGGCGCUGCUGGUCGCAGGGCCUGUGAGGCUGGGCUGUGCUGGUGCCGCUGCUGCUGCAUCGAUCUCCGAUCUCUUCCUCUGGCUGCUGCUGCUCUUCUAUCUGCAUUGCUUCACUGAUGUACCCCGGAGGUGCGGCCUCCUCGUCCCCCUCUCCUUCUCCUCUUCGCCUCUCACCUCAGCAGCCGCGGCAGCAGAAUCAGGGGUCGGUUCCCCCCGGUCCCCCCAUUCCCCCCGGUCCCCCCGCCCUCUUACCUCCCCCACCUCCCCCGCCUCCCCUCUCUCCCCCACGCGCCAUCUCUCCGCGCGCCCCUCCUCCCUGGCGCAAUGGGGCCCGCUUAUCCGCAUGUCCCUCCCCGCCUGCGCCACCAUCUGCCUCGAGUGGUGGUGCUACGAGCUCUGCAUGCUCCUCUCAGGCCUCCUCCCAGACGCCACGACAUCAGUUGCCGCCCUUGCCAUCCUCUUCAACCUAGAUUCGAUUCUCUACUCUCUCACUGCCGGCCUGGCUGCCGCAGCAGGCACCAGAGCAGGGAACCUCCUAGGCUCGGCAUUCCCGAUCCUGGCGCGGAACGCGGCACUAGUUGCCCUGGGCUGUUCUUUAAUGCUGGGUAUUACCCAGCUAGCUGUUCUCUGGGCGGCUAGGGAGGCGUUAGGCCACAUGUUCACCUCAGAUGCGGCUGUGCUUGAAGCUGUCACUGCGCUGCUGCCGAUUCUAGGGCUUCUUGAGAUCUAG